GAUGGACGAUUGUGGCUAUUACAGCAAAUGCGACUGAAUUUGCGCCACAACCAUGCGAAGGUAUAUAUGAAUUUCAUACAUAUGUGUAUUUACAUAACUAAACAUACAUAUGUACAUAUAUGGCCUGCAACCGUAUACCCUUUUGUUUUCCCAAGCGCGCCGUCACCGCCGAGGUUAGUAAAUCAGAAUAUGAAUGGGGCCUUAAUUCACUCAAUUAAUACGCGGCCUAAGUCACACAUCUAAGCUCUAGACAACAAACUAACCGAGGAAUAAAUUAGUGCUUAAUUACUCGUCCACGGGGUUGUUGACUGAACCGAGUGAAACUGACAAUUACAGUAUUACUAGAAAAGAAUAAAAAAAAAAACAAAAAACAAAAUACACAUGAAAAAACAAAAGCAAGGUAGCAGCGAAAACAAAAUUUAAAAGAGUAAAAUUCAACAAAUUGGAGUUGUGGUGUAAGUGCACGGCCAGCCGCAGUUGAAUCGAAGUUAGAAAAAAACCAAAGAAAUCGAUAUUAGUGGAAAUGCAAAUUAAUUUAAGGCACACAACGUCAGCACAAAGUAAUAAAAUUAAUAUCAAAGAGGGCAAAGAAAAAGUUCAGAUGAAAAAGGCGAGAAAUGUUCUGUCUCAACAAUGAUUUAGCAAUGGGAUUAACAAAUUAUUUUCAAUAAAUUGCGAAAAUGUUACAGUGUAAUUGCAGGCAUUACAGUUAUCGGAUUAAUUUUCAUUGAAGGUAGAUUUAGCAGUGGAAAAGAUUUGAAAAAACCGAAAAAGCAGAAGCAGCAGUGAGAAAAUGAGAAAGGCUAAGAACAAUAAGAUGCUGAUGCACGGGCUAAUAUUGGUAACUAUUUUGGCAACUGCCAGAAGCACCGAAGCAGAAAUUACAAUGGAAGCCGCUUUUCAAGGUCAUUGCGGUCACACGAGUCCCUGCGAACAGUUGUGCUAUGAAAUCCACGACGGGAUGUACGAGUGCGAUUGCAUAGAAGGAUAUGAGCUGAAUAAAAAUGGCUACAGCUGCCAAGUAAUAAACUCCACAGCCAACACUGAUGGGCACUCCAAAUCUGACGAGGAUGUACUUUACCAAAAGGGUGCAUCGUUUAGUGCUAAAUUAGCUAACGGCAGCGAUCGUGAUGGCGAAAUAUUUCUCAGCUAUGCACCUUCGUCAUCAGUGGCAGGUGAUGAGCAAUUGGUGGCAGCCUCAGCUUCAAUCUCUUCAGCAUCCUCCUCUUUGGAGGAUGUUGAAGCUGAUGACCGAUACAACUUUUUUGAUGAUGAUCCGAGACGCAACGAAGAGCGAACGAGGGUCAAUUCAAACGAUUAUUACAUAUCAUCUGAAGACGUCUAUUUCAGUAAUGGGGACGAUCAAGAGUUAACUAAUACUAGCCAAGAUGUACCUGAGUUAAAACCUAAAUUGGUAGAGCAGACAACUCCACGGGACGUGAUCAGCUCUCAGCGUGUUAUAGUAACUGCCACAACUGACGACUCUUUAGCAGUGCCGCCUAAUAAAAAAUCAAUAAAAAUUCAUUUAAAAUCUGAAAUUAAACCUACUAAAAAUAUAAUUGUGUCUAAUGGAAGUAAAAUAAAAUCGGCGUCUCAAAACAUAAAAAGUAUUUCGGCGUCUACAGAAUCAAUGAAUAGUCAAAAUGAGAUGACGAACUUCUACCCUAACGACAUAAACAUGGGCAUGCCAAUAUUUGAAGGUGUCUUUGGGAAUAAAGCCAAUCGGGUAAAGUCAAGUGAAAAUACAUAUCAGGAUCAGUAUGCGGCGAACGCUGUCGAUCUGUCAAAACAAAUGUCAAUAACGAAUAAAGAUAAUCAUAGCAAGAAUACACAGUAUUCAGCAGGGUAUACUACUUACGGUGUGCAAGAAAGUGGACCAUUUAAGGUAAUAACAGAUACGUUAAACAUAUCGAGAGGGGACAGCUUUAGUGUUAAAACUGGACACAUUUGUGACUUGGAUUGUGGAGCUGAAGGAGUGUGCGAACGCGUUGAUGACUCUAAUAGUUGUUUAUGCCCCUUUGGCAAAAGUGGCGACAGUUGUUUGGAGGAAAUCAAAAUUCGAACUCCUAAAUUUUCAAAGCAUUCAUGGUUAGCGUUUCCGGCACUCAGAGGUGCAUAUAAACACGUACAGAUACGAGUUGAAUUCAGACCAGAGUCUUUUGAUGGUAUUCUUUUGUUGAGCGGAGAGAGAGAUGAUCUGACUGGAGAUUUUAUGGCGCUUCUUUUGAACAAGGGUUUUGUAGAGUUUUGGUUCGACUGCGGCUCUGGAGUUGGUAGCGUACGAUCUCGGGAAACAAUAUUGCUGAAUGAGUGGAACUCCGUGAUAAUCUACCGUCACCGGUGGGAUGCCUGGUUGGUGCUGAACCACGGAACCAAAGUACAAGGUCGCUCGAAUGGCCUCUUUUCUCGAAUCACUUUCCGUGAACCUGUUUUCCUGGGUGGCACUGGCAAUAUCACUGGAUUGGCAAAGCGUUUACCAGUCGUCGGUGGAUUUAUUGGCUGCAUAAGACGAUUCGUGGCAAAUGAACAUGAGUAUAAAUUUGAGGAGCAUCCCUUGGGAGAUGUUACGAAAGGUUUUGACAUACAGGACUGUGCAACUGACAAAUGCUUCAAAUACCCCUGUCAGCAUGGCGGCAAAUGUUUGCCCUCCGAUCAGGGUGCCGUUUGUCUAUGUCCCAUAGGAUUUGUGGGUGAUAUUUGUGAAAUACGUAUGGAUCUCCAGGUGCCAGCUUUUAACGGCUCAUCUUACCUUCACUAUGCGCCCCUCGGCGAUAGUGCACUUAUUUGGUUGGAGUUGAAGGUAAUACUGAAGGCUGAACAUCCCGAUAGUUUGAUUCUCUACUCAGGAUCCCAGAAGCAUGGUGAUUUUAUCGCUUUAUCGUUAAGUGGAGGUUUCGUUGAGUUUAUCUUUGAUCUAGGCAGUGGUCCCGCUAUAGUAAGGAGCGAGUUUCCUUUGACGAUUGGACAAUGGCACACUGUGAAAGUAUCUCGUACAGCUCGAUUAGCGGUGCUUAAGAUCGAUACGUUUCCGGAAGUGAUGACAAUCUCAUCAAAUGGCUUCUGGCAUCUAUCUUUGCCUGAAAACAUAUUUUUAGGAGGCGUGAGCCACGUAGAUAAAUUACCAUUGGAUCUAAAGUCCAAACCGUUUUUUGUUGGUUGCAUUCAGAAGAUUGACAUCAAUGGCCAUUCCUUGUCUAUUAUAUCGGAAGCUUUGGGUGGGACCAAUAUUGGAAAUUGUCCACAUGCGUGUGUUGCAAGGCCUUGUGGUCCUCUUGCCGAGUGCAUACCGCAAAUGGAGAGUUAUGAAUGUCGUUGCAACGCUUUUCACAGCCAGUGCAAUAGGGCACCCGAGGUGGCAAUGGAGAAGUCACAAAUAAAUAGAGCUAAGAAAAAAGAUAAAGACACAAUUGGAAGCGGGAAACAUCAUUCAUUGCCCAAAAAGACAAAGCCAAGCGGUCGCUCAAAACUCUACUUAGCUAAAGUGCAUUCUAAAAUUUCAAAACUACCUACGUCGCCCCAGACUGUAAGUAACACCUUAGCAGUGCGCACAAUAUCUAAAAAACAAGCCCAAUAUGGUCACGACAGUAAACAAAUUCAGGCCCGACAGCCUCUCAGCGUGGAAGAUGAUGUUGUCGACAAAGAAGACGAUAUUAUAUACCGCGAUGCUCAUCGUUUAGACAGUCAAUAUGACGACCAUGAGCAACCACUUGGCAGGAAACAUAGCUCUAAAAUCCCCUACUAUAAACAAAAAAGUUCGGGCCAAAAGCUGAAGCAAGAUAAGGAGACGGACUUGCUGGUUAAGCAUCGAGACAAUUCAAAUGAUCGAGACCAGAAAGAGCACUACCAUAAAGACCGAUUUAAUUUUAAGCUGAGUAGACUGCCAACGCACUAUGAAAGCUUCCAGACGAACCCGGAAGUUGACAUCUUGACAUUCGACGAUAAUGUUGAAGUGGAAAUUGGUGUAAACCAAGCCCCGGAUCAUGAAAAUGUGCAAAAUAGCGAGAACGAAAAUGAUAGCAGCAAUAAUGAUAAUAUCGUGCAAGAUUUUUCUAAGAAAAAUAUAAGGAGCAUGCACUCCGAUUGGAAACAUAAUGAAUAUGGAAGCGAUCGUAGGCACGCUCACGAUGCAAUGAAUGAAGAAACGAAAUCUGAACCAUUCUUUAUGGAUGAAGCACUGUUUGACGCAAAAGGCAGCUCUGAAGAUUAUCACCGUAAAGAACUGGUUCAAGAUAUGCGACGUAUACUUGCAAAUGGUCCGGAAGAUCUUGCUAAUAAAAAAGAAUUGAACCUUGUCGUGAAUGAGUACGAUUACGAAAAAGAGGAUAGCAGCCAAGAAGACGUAAUGAAAUUUACCCCAAAUUAUAAAAUAAGUGAUGGACAGAACUUAAGCAAUUCGGAAGAAUUUGGUUUAGAUUUUGGAGAAACUAAUGACGAUCUCAUGGAACCGGUGCAAAUGAUCGCUAAACAGGUCACAGUAGUCGAACCAAUCAAACCGUCAACCACGCCCGAUACUCAAACAGAUUGGAGUCUGCUGAAAAAGUUGCAGUUGCCGGCAGAUCAUCAAAGCCAGUUUGCUGGAGUGCGAAAGAAUUUCGGUGCAUGUUUUGCCGGAGAAGACAGCUAUUUCCACUACAACGAUGCCGAGACCAUGAGCCAGAUCAUUAGUUACAAUGUAGAUUUCAACUUACGCAUCAAGACUCAUUCCCAGAAUGGGGUGAUACUAUGGACAGGUCGACAAGGUACCACCGAAGAUAGCUCCGACUUUUUGUCUUUGGGGAUUGAAAAUGGUUAUUUACAUUUUCGCUACGAUUUGGGCUCCGGAGACGUGGACAUUAGAUACAAUACGAGCCGAGUUAGCGAUGGCCUUUGGCAUCGGGUUCGGGCAAUCAGGCACACUCAAGAAGGUUAUUUGGAAGUAGACGGCAGAAAAACAAUAACUCAGUACUCGCCCGGCAAAUUAAAACAAUUGAACACGGACACGGGACUCUAUGUUGGUGGCAUGCCCGAUGCACUUUAUUUUACACGUCGGAAAUAUUCAAAUGGCUUUGUAGGCUGUAUCUCGGAAAUUGUGCUGGCCGGGGAACUGAAAUUGAACUUUGACCCGAACACGCUGGGGACUGCACACAAUGUUGAGACGGGAUUGCUUUGAAAAACCGUCAUAAAUACCUACCAACAACGGUCAAUACUCCUGACAUUAGUUUAAUGUUCUGUUUCAUUUAGAACAUUUAGAGUUCAGUUUGUACAAAGAGAUGAUUUUACAUUGAAAAAAAUCUAAAUUAGUUCAACCUAGAUUGUAGCUAACUAUAUACAUACAUAUACUGUAAUGCACACAACCAAACAAACACAUACAUACAUAUGUACAUGAAAAAACACGUACCACAUAGUAUAUUUUAAAGAAUGCUUCACCUAAGCCUGUGACUGUCAAUAUUUAAAUUACAAAAAAAAAAAAAAAAAAAAAAAAAAAUACAAAAAAAUAUA